AUGAGAAAAUUGGCAAACAAUUCUGCACCUGAUGCAUUGUUUAAAGAAAUAAAGCGUUCUAUUAAAUCUGCCGAUCACUUUAAAGAAAUUAUCUUUUCCUACGAACGGCUUACAAGGGAUUACCGUUUUACAGUAGCCGAUUUGAGAGAAUAUAACGUGGCAUUACAGCUAGGUCGUAUUGCAGUAGGUAACCGAUUACUACCUAUCACAACAUACAAAGCAGCAAACAAAAUGACAUAUUGUACUAAAUGUUGGGGUUUGGGCCAUUUGAGAGAUGUAUGCACAAUAUUAACUCAAAGAUGUCGAAUAUGUUUAGAUAAUUUUGGUCCAAAUCAUCAGUGCUCUAAUGUUCUAAAAUGUGCUAAUUGUCAGCUGGAGCAUCACUCACUAGAUCCAAGAUGCGAUGUUAUUCGUCGGUAUCGUACAGAAUUAAAUAAAGCUGUUAAUAUGGCAAUUUGCGAAGAUAAAUUACACCGUCGUGAAAUACCACAGCAACAGGAUCAACCGACUACAUUUCGUUAUAACAGUAAUGAUUUCCCAGUAAUGAAUACUGAUAAAAUCAAGUCUAACCCAUGGAAUAUACAGAAUAAUAAUGAUGAUCAACAGAACAUAAUGAACUAUUUACAGCAAAUGAAUCAUGACAUUAAGCAAAAUUUUAAACAAAUUAACGACAAAUUAAAUAUUCAACAGCAAGUGAUUGAAAUUAACACAACAAAUACUCAUUUGAAUAAAAUAGUGAUACAAUCUACUCUGUCAAUGUUAUCCAAAAUGAUGAAUAAAGUGAUUAACCCCCUCAUUAGCCUAAUACAAGAGGAACGAGAGAAAGAAAGUGUUUUAAUGGCUUUGGACGAUUAUGGUAAUGACUUACUCAAACAGCAUACGCGAAUUACAGAAGAUUAG